UAGUAUUCUUUGUCUUACACAUUGAUUAGUAUAAUAUGCUUUCUGAACUUCAGGUUUAUUCAUUGUCAGUCUUUGCAGUUUUUAAGUCAUUAUAUAUAAAAUCAAAAAUAAGUAAAGCAAACUCUUCAUGAAAAGGUAAAGUAUUUAUCUUUUAAAACCUAUGCACAUUAAUUCUUCAGAAGGUCUGGAAUUAUCUUUAUGCCUUCACCUAUCACUUUGUACUUUUGAUAUAUUGAGGUUGGUAAUUAUUGGAUAAAAAUGACUAAAUGUCAACUUCUAGAAGUAAGCAGUGUAAGAAGAAAUAAGAUUUGCUAACAAGAAUGAAAUGGGAAAAUUUUACUAUAUGUGUCAAGAGAAAGUCUUUGUCAGGCAUCAUGACACUGUCUAUAGUUCAAGAUGCAUUAGAGAGACUAAGUCUUGGAAGAUCACUUGAGUCUAUGAGUUCUAGACCAACUUGGGCCACAUAGCAAAAAAUAAGGUGUUUCAAGGAGUUAAAGCCCAUGCCCAUGAUAAUCUAAUGAUCUGAGUUUAAUCUCCACAGUGGGAAUAGGGAGACAGAUAACUUCUGGAGGUUGUCCUUUGGUCUCCACAUGCAUUUUGUGGCACGUGCACACAAGUGCAUACACACACAUGCACAUUUAAAAAUGAAUAUAUAAACAAAUAUUUAAUUUUCAAAUGUAGUAGAUGUAUUAAUAGGGUCAAAGAUAAUACACUCCAAUUUCUAAGUGUCUUGUUAUAAUAGUAGUAUAUAAUAUUUAUUGCAUAAUUAAAACUUUCUGUUAUCAAGAAAUGUUAAAAUUAUGUCAUUCAUUUUGUAUAUUGAGAUAAAUUUGGCCAUUUACAUUGGAGUUACUUUGGAAAAGAUAAGAAACUUGAACCAAACCAGGCAGUGGUAUUGCACGCCUUUAAGACAGAGAAACCCUGUCUCGAAAAAAAAAAAAAGAAAGAAAAAAGAAACUUGAACAAAAAAAUAGAAACAAGAAAAGUUAGGUGUGGCGGGCACAUUUGUAAUUUCAGUGUUCUGGAAGCUGAGACAAGUGCUGUAAGUUCAAGGCUAACCUUGGUUACAUAUUGAAUACCAGGCUGGCAGAGCUAUAUAUUAGUUACUUUUUCUGUUGCUGGGAUAAAACAUGCUGACCAAGGAAUCUUAUAAAAAGAUUCUCUGUGUAGCCCUGGCUGUCCUGGAACUCACUCUGUAGGCCAGGCUGGCCUCCAACUCAGAAAUCUGCCUGCUUCUGCCUCCCAAGUGCUGGAAUUAAAGGCGUGUGCCCCAAACACCUGUCUGAGGACCAUUCUUUUUUUUUUUUUUGAGAUUUAUUUAUUAUUAUAAGUAAGUACACUGUAGCUGUCAGGUGCACCAGAUGAGGGCAUUGAAUCUCAUUACAGAUGGUUGUGAGCCACCAUGUGGUUGCUGGAAUUUGAACUCAGGACCAUAGGAAGUUAGUGCUCUUACCCACUGAGCCAUCUCACCAGCCCUAAGGGGACCAUUCUUGUUUAAACUACCACACUCUUUUAGAACACCAAAUCAAAAUAAAAAUACAUUUGUGGUGCUUUUAUAACAAACAGAAUAAAAAGUUCAUUGUCACUACUUUAUGGCAGAAAUCAUUAAUUUUUUUUUAAUUAGGUAUUUUCCUCAUUUACAUUUCCAAUGCUAUCCCAAAAGUCCCCCAUACCCCCCCCCACUCCCCUACCCACCCACUCCCACUUUUUGGCCCUGGCGUUCCCCUGUACUGGGGCAUAUAAAGUUUGCAAGUCCAAUGGGCCUCUCUGGCAGAAAUCAUUAUUAAGUAGAUCUUUUUUGGCUAUUUACCAAGCUAAAUUUCCCCAAAGUGAUUUCAUUAGAAAAAGCCUAAUUUAAGAAUGAAGAAUAUUUUGUGUCUGAAGAUGACUAAUAGAUAAAAGUGUUUGUUUGCUACACACACCUAUGUUUGACCUUUGGAUCUCAUGGUGGAAGGAGUGGAAGGGGAGAAACAACUCCCAAAAGUACACAUGUACAUUUUCUUAUUAAGUUAAUAACAUGAUUUUCUAAGAUUAGCUCCUGUAUUAAACCUAUCUCUUUUCAUACACUGGCUGUAGUCUGUUGUCAAGCCUGCAAAGUUGGUAGGAUUGUCAAGAAGUUAAACAGAAACAAACCCUUAGGUAUUGAUAGACAAAGCUUUUGUUUUCUUUUUUUGGGAGAGGGAUAGACAGGAUCUAUAAAAAACUCAGGGUGGUCUGAAAAUUGAACCUUGUAAAUAAUGAGAUUACAGGUAUAUACCACCUUUCCCAGCUUGCUGUUUUGUUUUGUUUUCUUCAGCCAGGAUUUACUAAAUAGCCUAUGUUGGCCUAGAAUUCAUAAAUCUGAGAGUACAAACAAGUGCCUGUAUACCCAGCAACAGCAACAAUAGAAUCUAAUAAAUUUGCAUCAGAUUCAUUGUAGAUCACUGAGAAGCAAAUAACCUGCAAGGCCAUUGUUGAUGGCUUUAUGACUCCUUGUAAUAAAAAUGCAUGGGAAAACGAAUACUAUUACAAAAUUCUCACUUUAACUCUAAGCUGCUCUGAUAGUUACACUUUUUCAUAGAAUUCAAGUAUUUGAAUUAUUUUCCUAUAGUAGCUUAGGCUAUAUAGCUGAAUUUAAAUGUGCAAUUUUAGACAACAAUGUUUUGGAUUAAUUUAUGCAUUUAAAAAAUGUAAUGUUUUAUGUAGUAAGGUGAUGACGAUUACUAAUUUGAGGAUUGUUAGUAUUGCUGGAAGAUCAUGGUAUAAAUUAUUUGGGGGAGCUUAUUGUUACUUGUAAAGAAAAAUUAAAACCUUUUUUUUUCCCUCCUUAUUUUCUUGGGGUGCAUUCCAACUCCAGAAGUGGGACUUCCCCUCUUGCAUGCUUGAAUGCAAUGCUGCACACAAACUCCCGAGGAGAAGAAGGCAUCUUCUAUAAAGUUCCAGGUAGAAUGGGCGUGUAUACUUUGAAGAAAGAUGUGCCAGAUGGAGUGAAAGAGCUGUCAGAAGGUUCAGAAGAAAGCAGUGAUGGUCAGUCAGAUUCUCAGAGCUCUGAGAACAGCAGCAGCAGUGAUGGUGGCAGCAACAAAGAAGGGAGAAAGAGCAGGUGGAAAAGGAAAGUAUCAUCUAGACUGUCACAUCCACCCUCUCCCCCGUCAGGCUGCCCAUCACCCACCAUUCCAGCAAGUAAAGUCAUUUCUCCAUCACAGAAGCACAGCAAAAAGGCAUUAAAACAGGCCUUGAAGCAGCAACAACAGAAGAAGAAGCAGCAGCAAUGCAGACCAAGCAUGUCCAUCUCCAAUCAACACCUCUCUCUCAAGACUGUCAAAGCAGCCAGUGACUCUGUACCUGCCAAACCUGCCCUAUGGGAAGGAAAGCAAUCUGAUGGACAGUCAAGCAGUCCCCAGAACUCAAAUUCCAGCUUUUCUUCCUCAGUGAAAGUGGAAAGUUCUCUGCUAGGCUUGGGGAAGAAGUCUUUCCAGAGGUCUGACAGACUCCACACAAGACAGAUGAAAAGGACUAAAUGUGCUGACAUUGAUGUUGAGACUCCUGAUUCCAUUCUGGUUAAUACUAAUCUUCGAGCACUGAUCAACAAGCACACCUUUUCAGUUCUUCCUGGAGACUGCCAGCAGCGCCUGCUUUUGUUGCUUCCAGAGGUGGAUCGACAGGUUGGUCCAGAUGGCCUGAUGAAGUUGAAUGGCUCAGCCCUUAACAAUGAGUUCUUCACUUCUGCAGCCCAGGGCUGGAAGGAAAGGCUCUCAGAAGGUGAAUUUACUCCUGAAAUGCAGGUGAGAAUUCGACAAGAGAUUGAGAAGGAGAAGAAAGUAGAGCUGUGGAAGGAACAAUUCUUUGAAAAUUACUAUGGUCAGAGUUCUGGCCUAAGCCUUGAAGAUUCACAGAAACUGACAGCUUCCUCAAGUGAUCCCAAAGCAAAGAAAACCCCAGCUGAGCAACCAAAAUCCAUACUUCCUUCAGAGGCCUCUCCUGUCAGAAUUGUCCCAGUAGUUCCUCAGUCCGAGUGUAAAGAAGAAGCAGUGCAGAUACCAUCACCAUCCCAAAAGGAAGAAAAUCAAGACGAGGCGAGGCCAGACUCCAAAUCCCCAGAACCUGUUCUUGCAUCAGCUAGCAAUACAAAUGAGCUUAUCACCAUGAAACCCAUCAAGAGCCCUAAGGAUGAGGGUCUCUUAGAGCAGAAGCCUGUUGCCUGUGCUGAACAAGAAUCUGAGAAAGAAAAUCAUGUAACCACAACUUCUCGUAAUAACAAAAGUGAGAACCAAGAAGCGUUAGCUAUAUCCCCAAGCAAAUCUAAAAAUGCUGGGUUACAAAAACCCAUAAUAAAGCCUGUUGCAGAAGCCAGUCCACUGAACCCUGAUAUGAAGAUGCCACCAGCAACUGUUACUGAUCAGAUCCAAGAAAGUCUCAAGAGGAAAUCUUCUCUUACUGAUGAAGAGGCCACCAGUAGCUGGGAGAAAAGACCACGUAUCACUGAGAAUCGCCAGCACCAGCAGCCAUUUCAGGUCUCCCCACAGCCUUUUCUUAAUAGAGGGGACAGGGUCCAAGUGCGAAAAGUCCCACCUCUCAAGAUCCCUGUCUCCAGAAUCUCCCCGAUGCUGUUUUCUACAUCACAGGUCUCUCCCAGGGCUCGUUUUCCAAUCUCCAUCACUAGUCCUUACAGAACAGGAGCCAGAACUCUGGCAGACAUCAAAGCAAAAGCCCAGUUGGUCAAAGCACAAAAGGCAGCAGCCGCAGCAGCUGCUGCAGCUGCUGCAGCCGCCUCAGUUGGAGGGACCAUUCCGGGACCUGGCCCUGGGGGUGGACAAAGUCCAAGAGAGGGUGGUGAAAGGAAAAUUGCUGGAGGAGGAAGUGCAGGCUCAGACCCAGUCAGUACAAAUGGAAAAGGUCCCACACUGGAACUGGCCGGAACUGGAAGCAGGGGAGGUACGAGAGAACUUUUACCCUGUGGUCCUCAACCUGAGACCAAUAUGCCAGGCCAAGCACAGCCUCCUGGUAUCUCUGGAGCACAACUACAGCAAACCUCCUCAGUGCCUACGGGACUUGCCAGCAGUGGAGCAUGCACAAGUGUCCCAUUACCAGCCCACAUAGAAAUAUCAAACAGUGAAAAACCAAACCUCCACAAGGCAACAGCCACAGCAGCCUCUCCUUGCCACUUGCAAGACCCUAGGAGUUGCAGACUUGAAAAAGCUCUGUCUCCAACAGGGCCUCCUCUGAUCUCAGGAGCCUCAACUGUUUAUUUUGUAGCUGAUGGCACAGUUGAGCCCAAAGCAGGUUCUAAUAAGAAUGCACCAAAGCCUUCAGCCUUAGCAAAGACAACUGCUCCUGCUCCACUAGAUAUGACUUCCUCUCCUGUGACAACAGCCAGUUUAGAAAAACUCCCUGUACCCCAGAUCAGUGGAACUGCAACAUCUACUGGAUCAGCUCCAUCCUCAAGCACUUUGCCAGCAGCUUCUAGCCUUAAAACCCCAGGAACUUCUGCAAAUAUGAAUGGACCCAUUUCAAGAACAAGUUCUAGUAUCCCUGCUAAUAAUCCUUUAGUUACUCAGCUGCUCCAGGGCAAAGAUGUUCCCUUGGAGCAAAUUCUGCCUAAGCCUCUCACCAAAAUUGAAAUGAAAACAGUUCCACUGACUACAAAAGAGGAAAAAGGCAUAGGGAUAUUCCCUGGUAUCAGUGUAAUGGAAAGUAGCAGCAGAGAGGAAGUUAAUGGCAGGCAGGCCCAUCUGGCUAUCCCGCAGUUGGGGAAACCCUUGCAAAGUAAACAGCUUUCCCAGGUUCCAAGGCCAGUUUUCACUGCUAAGGACCGGAAGGACCCCUGCAUUGACACUCACCAGUACCGAGAAGGUCUAAGUAAAACAACGCAAGAUCAGCUCUUUCAGACUCUUAUCCAGAGGGCUCAGAGACAGAGUGUUCUUUCAUUUGUACCGCCCUCUCAGUUCAACUUUGCUCACUCAGGUUUCCACUUGGAAGACAUCUCCACAAGUCAGAAGUUCAUGCUGGGUUUUGCUGGCAGAAGGACAUCCAAGCCUGCAAUGGCAGGUCACUAUUUACUUAAUAUUUCCACCUAUGGCAGGGGUACAGAGAACAUUAAAAGGACCCAUUCUGUAAAUCCUGAUGAUCGAUUUUGUCUAAGUAGCCCCACUGAGGCGUUGAGAAUGGGGCAUGCAGAUUAUAAAAACACAACUGGAGAAAUCAGCAGCAAAGAAGAUGAAAGUGAUGAAGAUCGCGUAGGUGAUGAACAGGAGCCUAUUUCAGUGAAGGAGGAGCCAUGGGCUUCCCAGAGUUCUGGCAGGCAUCCGCACCAUGGGGAAGCUUCAUCUACCAAUGAUUGUUUAGCUAGCAAGAAUGGUAAGACUGAGGCACCAGUGAGUGAGCAAACCACUUUAGGCCAGGAGAAUUACAUAUUCUCUAGAGGCCAAGCAUCUGAUGAAAAGAGCCUGCCUAGAGAUUUUAUUCCGGCAGCACAUAAACAGAUGACUCAUGCUGUGAGAGGUAAGACAGUGUGUAGCAGCCCUGAGCUUUUCAAUUCUACUGCUCUUUCUCUUCCCGCAGACAGUCCCACACAUCAGCCUCUACUCCUUCCACCACUGCAAACCCCCAAAUUGUAUGGAAGCCCCACACAGAUAGGGCCAAGCUAUAGAGGCAUGAUCAAUGUCUCCACCUCAUCAGACAUGGACCAUAACUCUGCUAUACCAGGCAGCCAGGUAUCUAGCAAUGUAGGGGACGUCAUGUCGUUUUCAGUGACUGUCACUACCAUCCCUGCCAGUCAAGCAAUGAAUCCCAGCAGCCAUGGCCAGACAAUUCCUGUUCAGACUUUUCCUGAUGACAAUAGUAUCGAGGACACACCAUCAAAAUGUUACUGCCGGUUGAAAGCCAUGAUCAUGUGCAAAGGAUGUGGAGCUUUCUGCCAUGAUGAUUGCAUUGGCCCCUCCAAACUCUGUGUCUCCUGCCUUGUUGUUCGGUAAUAAGACUGUAGCGUAUGUAAAGGAGGGAAGGGAAGGCUUAAAAAGUCAUGUUCUUGCACCCUUUUUAAAUCACAGAAAUAAAGUUUCAGUUGUCUCAAGAGACAUUAAUCAGGAAUACAGAAUGCAGGUCUUCACAUUUACAGGAAGAGCACCUUGUAUAGUAGGUCUGAGUCAAAUAGGACUGAAUUGGUGACAAAGUUUGCACUUACAAAAUCAUGUAAAUAUGUCACAUUUUGUUUUAACAUUUUUUUCAAAGUAUUUAGGUAAUGAUGUAUUAACUUCACAUUCAGAUUUAUGUUCCAUUUCUUUUGACUGAGAAAAGUUGAACGGUAUGCAUGGUGAAAGGAAGCUGUCUGCCUCUGACCUUUCCCCAGGCUAUGAAAAGGAAAGUGAGGGAGCGAUCAUAGUGCUGAUUAUGUCUUCACAGACUGGCUCAGGUUCUUCACGAAGAAGAUGGCCUUUGUGGGAUUUAAUUCGGGGUUUGCUCAUCCCUUUACUUUAGGUGGAACUAUUUUCAGUGAAAUUUUCAAAAGGUAUUAACAGCACAGACAGUGUUUUUGACCCUGACAGCCCUGGCUUAGCUUUUGGCUUCCAUGAAUCAGUACUGUUGUUAAAAGCAGAGCUCUGCUGUUAAGAGGUUCUGUUUCUAAGGGACUGCUGAGUUAGAUUAGUAUAUACGUGGCAGUAGUUCAGCAAUAAUACAUCACAACAUUGCAUCAAUCAUGGGCUCCCACCAAUAAACACUUUACGGGUGGGUGUGUGUGUGUGUGCGCGCGCGCGCAUGUGCGCAUACUGUGUAAUGUUGGAAAAGGGAUGAAAUUGAAGAAACUGAAACUUCACGGAAUUUGGAAGAGUGGUUUUAACAUGGGACAGAAAAUAGUCUUUUCCUAUUCUCUCAAUCCAUUUUUAGGUAGAAAGGGUCUUAAGUGAUACUUAUGCUUUGGCAUCCAGAGCAUAAGAGAUGAAUGCAGCUACCCUGUGCCAUCCUACUAUAAUAAAUUUUGCACCCACACACAAGUACACAGUUUGCUGUUUUAGAAAGUGAUUCUACAAUCUCGGCUGUCAGGACAGCUGGGAUGCUUACUGUGAAAGGGUCUUGUGAGUGACUAAUGGAAUAUAUGGCUGUGAGAUUUUGCUGUUUUUCUUUCCUUUUGAUUUUUUUUUAAUCCUCCCAGUACUCCAGAGACAGAGACAGACCAGUCUCUGAGUUCAAGGCCAGCCUGAUCUUCAUAAUGAGCUCCAGACAACCAGGGCUAUCUAAGAAGCCUUGUCUCAAAACAAAAAUAAUCACAAAAACCCUAAAUAAAUAAAAGAAGUAAAAAAAAACCACACACACACAAGGAGCUGGAGAGAUGGCUCAGUGGUUACGAGCACUGACUGCUCUUCUAGAGAUCCUGAGUUCAAUUCCCAGCAACCGCAUGGUGGCUCACAACCAUCUGUAAUGGGAUCUGAUGCCCUCUUCUAGUGUGUCUGAAGACAGUGACAGUGUACUCAUAUACAUAAAGAAAUCUUUUUUUAAAAAAGAGAGAAAAGAAAAACUAGUUGGUGGACAUGGUGGGUGACACGCCUUUAAUCUCAGCACUUGGGAGGAAGAGGCAGGUGAAUCUCUGGGUUAGGACCAGUAUGGUUUGCAUAGCAAGUUCCAGAGUACACAGUGAAACACUUGUCUUUUUUAAAAAACAAAAGCUAGCUACGAAUUUUUAAAGAAAUACUGUUUAAGUUAGAGAUGGUUUAAAGAAAAAUAGUUCACCAAAAUUUAGUAUUAUAUAGUCUGUAUUGUUUGGUUUCAAGUCUCCUAAUUUGAAGUAUGUGGUGUAAUAUUGCAACCCAGUAUAGGUGUAUUUCAAAAGCUAUUUAUAAAACUCAGAACAAUUUAACUUGCUAAUUAUAUCACCUUCCAGAUUGGAGAAAGGAGACAGUAAGGUAUUUUGCCUGCCUUGUGAUGCCCUCCCCUGACCACCCUACCUUUUUGCAUCAAACACUGGGAAUGCUUCCUCAGUCCCUGCUCCAAACUAUGAAGCUCACCCUUCAUUUUUCCUCCCUGCUAUUGUGGACCUAAGCAAUUACAGUUUAAAUUCUGUAUACAGCACUAGUCAAGACAAUGUGAUAUCCUUCCACCUUCCCCCUUUAUUUCAAGAAAUGCAUAGAUAAGGGAGAAGAAAGGCUUCAAGGAUUCAUGGUUAAGAAGUGUGUAUGUUCUGAAGUGAAGGACCAGUAAGAAAUACAAGCCAGGCCGGGCGGUGGUGGCGCACACCUUUGAUCCCAGCACUUGGGAGGCAGAGGCAGGCGGAUUUUUGAGUUUGAGACCAGCCUGAUCCAUAGAGUGAGUUCCAGGACAGCCAGGUUUAUACAGAGAAACCCUGUCUUGAAAGAGCCAAAAAAAAAAAAAAAAAAUACAAGCCAGGAUUCUGCUCCCAAACCUUCAGGACAAUGGGUAGUCCCCAUGGGACCUUAAAAGACCCAUAGCUGAGUAGUCUCCCUUGUCUACCCUGCUUUAAGAGGGUGAAUGACGGAAUAGACUUUAUGGUGUCAGUGAGUAGUUUGUAUUAGAAUAAUUUUCCUAUUUCCUACCUUGCUUUCUAGAAAGGCUUUUGCUCCAUACUUCCCUUAAUCUCAGAAUGGAUGGAAAAGAGGAAGACAUUAGGGACUGUCAGGUCCAUUUAAAGAGGAAAUUACAUUGUUACUCUUCUUGAUCUCCUCAGGCUAUGUAAGUCUGAAGUACUGUUCUUCUCCACUAAGUAAUACCCAACUAAUUUCCAUUUAAAAGUAUUCCAAAAGCAGCAUUUACCAACAAUUUUUUUAGAUUGAAAAUAUAUUAAAUAAGAAUCCAUCUAGUCUAUUUGUGUUAAAACAUGCUUUCAGAUGGAAGACGAACAUUCAUCUUAUAAAUGAACAGAAAAUAAACUAGUCUGGCCCUUUGAGUUUGUCACUCCAGUAACUAUUAACACAGAUUUUGUCAUGGCCUAUCAUUUCUUUUACCUUUAACUCAACUCUGAACUGAUUGAAUAAGUGCUAAGCUUAUUCUUUGGGCUUUGGGUGGCAAUUUUCAGUGAGGUAUUAAAUAUAUCUGAUACCUGAUGGGGCUGUGCCCCAUCCAGCCCUCAAAGUAGUCUCUGUAAAUCGCUGGGAUAGUAUUCAUAUUGUGUCAUCUCAGUGUUAUUUUUAAGUGUUCUGAGUUGCCUAAGUAGAACACUCUCUGAAUCAUAAGGACUUUUUGUUUUGCUUUUUGAAUAAUCACCAUUCUUUAGCUCAGUAAUAUGGGGGUGGGGGAGCAGCACAAAUAACCUGGAGUUGUUUGGCCUUGGUUCCUUAAGUCCUGUGUUCAAGACACUGAAGCUAUCUCCCAUGUUCUGUGUGAGAUUUCUGAGUAAGAUCUGGCAAGUGAGGGAGCUUUUCUUGAGAGGGGAAGGCUACAUUUCUAUGGGUAUAGAAAUGGGAAUAUUUGCGAGCCUAUCUCAGAUGUACAUUAAUAGACCUCACUGCCUUCCGGGUGAAGGUGUGUUGUCCUACAUAGAACGGUCCCUUCAGUUACCAUUCUGAUUGCUCUAUGCUGCUUUCCUCCUCUUAAAGUUUCAUGAGCUCUUGGGUUAAAUGGUUUGUUAUGAGCAGGCUUUCCAUUACUCAUUGUUCUGCGAUUUAUUUUAGAGAUUGUCCAUGAGCACUGAACAAGGAGAAGAAGUUUCUUGUUGCUUUACAACAGUGUGUGCUAAGUGCUGGACUUGGCCAUGGGUAGUCUGCAGCUCAAUUUAUAGAACAGUCCAAAGAGACUUUGCAAAACAUGAUAGGCAGGGACCUUUUCCUCUGUGUUUCAAUACCUAUAUACCUAUUGAACAAAGCAGUAGGUAGACAUUUCCUAAAGUUGAAGCAGUAGCUUCAUAGAGUCUUGGUUACUUUAUUUUUUUUAAUGCUUUACAUUUGAUACAACUAUUGAAGAUCAAUUUAAAAAUAACUUUCCAGUAAUAUAUUUUAAGUAAUAUAUAUUUUAAUAUCUAUGUAAAAAAGUGACAGUGGAGGACUGAAUUUCUCAUGUAUACUAUGUUUAAUGGUAGGGUCUCACUGUUAAGGCACAAAUUAUUUCAAAGGAGUUGCUCUAAAAACAGAUUAUUUCCCGGAAAAAAAAAAAUGCAAUAAUGGGAAUGAUUUGGGGCUUUUAUUUUUUAUUUUAAAAGAAUAUUGACUUAUUUAGCACAAGCUAUUUUUCCCUCUCUGGUGAUAAGGUUUGUACAGACUGGUUUGGUAAAUGCUAAAUUUUUGUCUUUUGCCUUUUUAAAGGAAUUGUUACCAUUGGAAUUGAGGGUAUGUACAGAGAAGUUGGUGUCAAUGCCAUUUAAUAAGUCAUAUUUUUUCACAAAUAAGGAAAAAUCAUUUUAAUGAGAAUUUUAAGUAUUUGCAAUAAAUAUGUGUAUAUAGAUUGUAUGUAUUCAUAUAUUAUUUUUCAUUUUAUUAUUAAGUAAAAGAUAAUUAAAAGUGAAAUUAAAAAUCUUGUAGUUUUUGAUGAAUCUGGAGAUCUAACAUCUGAAUGUAACAUGGGUAAAGGCCUUCAAAUAGUUGCCUUAUACAGUUAUGGGAAGGUCACCACAGACUGGGAAAGAGUAAAUUGAGGAAACUUGGCCAUAAGUCAGGACAGAGUAUUUCAGAACUUAAGGAAAAAUAUGAAAACAUGAUAGCUCAUCUCUGUUGUGUUUUCACCUUCACCAGUUUCCUAACCAUCUAACAACACUGGAAGAGCGAGGAAAUCAGAGUAGUCCCUUGUAGUGUGUCUGUGGCUCCUUUUAGCAUCCCGGAAGGUAAGGAGACAUCUUGGGCUUUCACAGCUAUUGAUGCUUUGUUACGUGUUGGUCAUCACACACCAGGCCCUUGGGAUGCUUAAGAACCAACCUCAGAAACACAGAAGGCUUGUGUUCUCUCUCCCAGUCUGUCUCCGAGUUGAGUUUCAUAGCCAAAUUCCUGUGCUUGACUGCUCGGGCGGUCAGAACCUAGAUCUGUGUUAAGAACACCUGUGCCUUGGUUAGGUUUUUUUCAAAUAAUUAGGAAGAUGGCUUGUGUCAAGAGCAUUUAGGGAAAUGAGCAGUAGGCAGACUUUUUGAAGUUAAAUGUCUUUGUUCCCACACCUGUAUUACUCUUGAAUUAAUGAGACCUCACUGUGUCAAAUAAAUGGUUUUGGGAUAUAAUGGGUAGAACAGAAUACGUACAUGGAUGGUCUUGGAAAUAUAGAUCUCCUGGUCUAUAAAAUUUGUAAUGAAGUUCAGUGAUAAUAAAAACACCUGCUCUUCCUCUUGAGUGCUGUAAAGGCAUGUGCCACCAAGCUAGGCUACCUAGCAUUUUCUUAAAGUAACUUGAAAUUUCCAACAUCUGAGUUAUGUAAAAACACUGAAGUUAGUCUAGCCAUCUAAGAGACAGUGUUACAGAUCUCAACUAAAAGCACUAUUCUAAAAAAGAUUUUGGGGACCAUGGAAAAAUUCAGUCACUAAAAGCACUUGCUGCCCAAGCAUAAUGACCUGCCUGCAGGACCCUUAAACCCAUAGAAAGUGGGUGUCUGUCAUAUUUGCCUGUAAUACUACCUCUGGGGAGAUAGAAAAAGGGCUGAUCUUGGAGGUUUCCCAAUCAGUUAAACUCCAGAUUCAGAAAGAAAAGCCUAUAUCUCAAAAAAUAAGGUGGAGCAUCAACUGAAAACAUUGCCACAUGAACCUUUGUCUAACCUUUGUCCUCUUUGUGUGCCCAUGCAGGCAAGUACACUUGAAUUACGUAUGUGUGCACACACAAAUGAAAUGUUUACUCUCGGGGGACAUCUGCAUCAUAAUCCCUAAUCAUAAAAGGAAGGAAGGUGAAAUUAGCUCCCAUCUAUACUUAACAAUUUACCACACUUACUUUGUAAGCAAAAUCCAUAUCCUUUCGCUCCCAGAAUCUUAGAAACCUAUUUCAUUGCUUUUUACACAACUUUAUCUCAACUGACUUUCAGUCAAAUUGAACAUUUCAAGACUUUUAUAUACAAAUCCUGUUACUUAAGUAUCUAUUGGGUACUUACUAUGUGCUCAACCCUUACAAAGUGCUGGUUAUGCAAGGAUAAGAAAAAUUCACUUAGGACUGGAGAGAUGGCUCAAUGGUUAAGAGCACUGGCUGCACUUUCAGAGGUCCUGAGUUCAAUUCCCAGCAACCACAUGGUGGCUCACAACCAUCUGUAAUGGUAUCUGAUGCUCUCUUCGGUGUGUCUGAAGACAGCUACAGUGUGCUCAUAUACAUAAAAUAAAUCUUUAAAAAAAAAAAAGAUACUGCCCAUAGAUGACAGCAGCUAAUGUGGACUUGAGGUGCCACAUUAAUAAAAUAUAUUUUGGGGCGAUUGAGAGGCUAAAUAAACAAUGGGGGUAAAUGCAGCUUAAGAGAAUUUUUAAACAUUGCAUGUUCUUAAUCUUAUGUCCUUAGGUCACAGAAUUAAAAUGCACUUCAUUCCUUUUCCUUAGGCCCAAGUCUUUUUUUUUUUUUUUUAAGGACUUUCUGCAUGGUAAGAAGUCAUGAUCAGUACUUGGCUCUUGAGUUUUCCUUACUUCUUGUCUUUUAGCAGAUAAUUUGGAUUCACAACUUUCUAUAUGCCAAAAGAUGUGCAUUUGCACUUCAAACUUUAGUGUAUUUCACCAAGUGAGAGUUUUCGGCUCUGCCCAGGACACCUUUCACAGAAGAUAGACUACAGACUGAGGAAUGAGUGCUUCCAUACACAGUAACAUUCACUUUUCCCUAGAAGGGGACUUUCCAGAAGGCAACAAAGAGAAAACCUGAGAAAGCCAUAUGAUUGGUUAUGGAGGCCACCUGUGACUAGAUAGUGGGUUCUUCCACGAGCCUCGAUCUCAUUUUUCUUGAUACUCAAAAUGAGGGGCAGAUAUAAAAAAGUUUGAUUUUCAUCUUAACUGGAAAAUUUAAAAGGAACCAUUGGGGAGAAAAAGAAUAAACCUGGGAUGUAGUUUUUAAAUGGACUUAAACUUUAAGUUGAGUGCCUUACUCUUUUUAAAAGUACUUUUUUAAAAUUGCAGUUUUAUUUAACAUGAGUUGCUAUGAGUGUAGCAUGGAAUUUGGUUUGAGACAUGGACUGAAAGAAAAGUUUAAUGUAAAUUAUGGCAGCUUUUGCCACAGAUCAGGGCUUAGGACUGUAUCUGAACUUGGCUGGCAUCAUAAAUACUGUAUUAGGCCAACCUGAGCCAAUACUCAAUUUUAUUAAAUAUAAUCAAGAUUCAUCUUUAUUAGGUAAGCCUAAUUAGGAACUGAAUUCACUCAUACAAAAACAUCUGGCCGGGAGUGGUGGCACACUCCUUUAAUCCCAGCACUCGAGAGGCAGAGGCAGGCAGAUUUCUGAGUUCGAGGCCAGCCUGGUCUACAGAGUUGAGUUCCAGGACAGCCAGGGCUAUACAGAGAAACCCUGUCUCAAAAAAAAAAAAAAAAACUGAAGAUAUGUUAGAAUUCAUUUUACACAGCCUCUGCCCUUCAUAUGGAACGUGAAAUAUAAAGUUACUUUUAAAACCAAACUAAUGUUUUCAGGUAACCUAGAGUUUAUAAAUGAAAUUGGGGGCUGGAGAGAUGGCUCAGUGGUUAAGAGCACCGACUGCUCUUCCUAAGGUCCUGAAUUCAAAUUCCAGCAACCACAUGGUGGCUCACAACCAUCUGCAAUGAGAUCUGACGUCCUCUUCUGGUGCAUCUGAAGACAGCUACAGUGUACUUACAUAUAAUAAUAAAUAAAUCUUUUAAAAAAAAAGAAAUGAAAUUGCAGGUUCAUCUUCAAGGUAGCAGCUCCUUUCAGUUAACAUAGGACGGCUUCAGUAUUUACCUGCUGAACCCUGUAUGUCAUCAUUUUAAUAUCCAAGUCCAGUUCUUCCAUAGUCUCAUAUAGCAACCAGUGGUCAAUGGAGAGAAGGGUAUGGUCAUGUGACUGAAGUUCCCAGCAAUUGGCAAGUGAAGGCUAGAAGAUGAGUCCAAAGUCAUCUUCACCUAUAGCAAAUUUAAAGCCAUACAUAAGACCCUGCCCCAGUAGAGAGGGAAUGUUCUAGGCUGGGAAUAAUAGUUUAAUCAGACGUGUCCCAGGAAAAUAUAUGAAAGGUCUAGUACUUGACCAAUGAAUCUCUCAGAGUUAAAAAGCCUCUAUAGCCAUAAGUGCUUUGAUGUGUUUUCAGAACUCCUAAUGGAGUGAUUUCCUGCCGCACACCUUUCACCAGCACCAAGAGAAUCAGAAUGGAAGAGAUGAGUUUAGCAUUAGUCUUAUGGACUGGAAACUUUGUGCACAUAGGCCUUCGCACUUUGACACAUGAACAGUCUGCCUUUCAACUCCAUACUAUCGUCUGUUCUCUCACUUUAUACUCUCCCCUUUAUUGGUACUAUAGAAGCUGUUUUCUUACAAGUUGAAUGUACGAUAAUGGUUCUGUCUUAAUGACUCAUGUUGAAUAAAGGCAUACGAUUUUA